GGGUUUGGGCACAAGAUGGCUGCCACGCGCCGGGAGCUUCGGAGUUCGAGCUCCCCGACCCCCGAGUCACGAUCCCAGGAGCUGCCGGACCUGGUCCUGGUGCCCGAUGAUGGCCCUCCCGCCACUCCCCCGAGUGACCUCAUCGAGAUCCAGGUGGUGAAGGUCACAGACACCACGCUGGUUCCCGGGCCGCCGGAGCCGGGCUCUUUCCACUGUGCCUUGUGCCCAGCUGCCUUCCGGCUAGUGUCCGAGCUGCUGUUCCACGAACACGGUCACCUGGCGGGCGCGGUUGGCGGCGGGCGCGGCGGGGACCCCAGCCGGUGCCACGUGUGCGGCCACAGCUGUGCGGGGCCGGCCAGCCUGCGCGCGCACUACAGCCUGCACACCGGGGAGCGGCCCUACCGCUGCGCGCGCUGCCCACGCGCCUUCAAGGCGCUGGCGCCCCUUCUGAGGCACCAGAGCCGCCAUGGCGCCGAGUCUGGGCCCUCGCGUGCGCCACACACGCGCUCCGCAACCGCCGGGGAGCUGGGCCCCGGGGUAUCCCUGGAGAGGGCUGAGGUGGUGUUGGCCGCGGCGGCUGCAGGCGCGACCGUGGGCAAACCCUUUGCCUGCAGGUUCUGCGCCAAGCCGUUUCGCCGCUCCUCCGACAUGCGGGACCACGAGCGGGUGCACACGGGCGAGCGGCCCUACCACUGCGGCGUGUGCGGCAAGGGCUUCACGCAGUCCUCCGUGCUCAGCGGCCACGUGCGCAUCCACACAGGCGAGCGCCCCUUCCGCUGUGCACUCUGCGACCGCACCUUCAACAAUUCCUCCAACUUCCGCAAGCACCAGCGCACACACUUCCAUGGGCCUGGGCCAGGGCUGGAGUCCCGGGCUUUGGCGGCUGAGAGGGCAGGAAGAGCAUGCGGGGCGAGCCACCCGCGGGAGGAGGGGUGCAGAGACCAGGCAAAAGCUGAGGUUGACCAGUAGGCCAAGACAGAGGGGUGCGGGGAAAUAGAAGCAAUGAAGAAGAGGGGAGACCAGGAGCAGCCCACCUGCUCAGCAGAGCGCAAAGACCAGACUCUCUAUUCCCAGAAGCCGACACUCCCUGUGUGAGACCCAGAGAAAGAGAAACAACCCCGUGGUGCCCAGCUAUCUUGUGAGGAUCAUGGGGAAUUUCAUUACCUCUUUUGCAUCCCUGUUUGGUCGUCUGUAUGUGGGACAUAACGUAUCACAGCAGAAUGGACAUGACAGAGGGAGAGGACCAGGGCCACACUCCUGGCCCAACCAAUCAUCUGCAGAGCCCUCGACUGUCUUGGGGAUCCCUAAGUGGACCAGGAUGGAAUCUUUUGCCUACCUCACUGGAUUGCACUGGACCGGGGACAGCUACCCACCUCUAGGCAGGAGCUGCCCAGCAGGUGGUGCGGAAAGACUCUAGGAUCCCAUCACUCAAAGCCAGGGAUCCCUGAGUCACAGCUGUAAGCACUGGAAGAUAUAAGCCUGACCUUAGAAUCGCUGCUUCCCCACCCCCACGGUGGUCCCCCUUUAACCCAUCCAAACCCUGGUCAAACACAAGAGCACACCCAGCAAGCAACUACCUACCACCCUUCCCUCAGCUGUGGUGCAGCCCGCUGCUUCCCCACAGCUACAGAGUACCCUCAGGUCUCUCUGAUUUCCUCCACUUGGAAUCUGAAGCAAACAGCUACUGCCUGGUCCCAGGCAAUCCUGAAGAAGGGGGGCUGGGGCUGGGACAGGGGGAGGGCUGGAGGAGGGGAACCUCCAGUCUUC